AUGGUCAGAACCCUGGGGUACGCUAGCCCCGCCGCCGCUAUGCUGAUGGUAAGAACCCUGGGGUACGCUAGCCCCGCCGCCGCUACGCUGAUGGUCAGAACCCUGGGGUACGCUAGCCCCGCCGCCGCUACGCUGAUGGUCAGAACCCUGGGGUACGCUAGCCCCGCCGCCGCUACGCUGAUGGUCAGAACCCUGGGGUACGCUAGCCCCGCCGCCGCUACGCUGAUGGUCAGAACCCUGGGGUACGCUAGCCCCGCCGCCGCUACGCUGAUGGUCAGAACCCUGGGGUACGCUAGCCCCGCCGCCGCUACGCUGAUGGUCAGAACCCUGGGGUACGCUAGCCGCACCGCCGCUACGAUGAUGGUCAGAACCCUGGGGUACGCUAGCCGCACCGCCGCUACGCUGAUGGUCAGAACCCUGGGGUACGCUAGCCCCGCCCGCCGCUACGCUGAUGGUCAGAACCCUGGGGUACGCUAG